UGUGUGUGUGUGUGUGUGUGUGUGUGUGUGUGUGUGUGUUUAAGCCUCAGUGUUUGUUCAGCCUGUCAAUGAUCGACGGCAGCAGGAAACUCUCCUCUCAGUGUGAAGCUGAACGCACAGCUGUCUGCACCGCCACUCAGGCGUCCGUGAGGAUGAUCGAGUCCUGCUUUACUCGUCUCUGAGCCCAGCUGAAAGGAUCAUGGCGCCUGUGGGGUCAGAGGCCGGGGUCUUCCUGUCGUCGGGCGCCGCCAGCUUCUUCGUCGUCCUCGUCCUCCUCUCUAUCUUCCUCACGGCUCUCUGCAGCGAGUGCACCAGACGCUCCUUCGAGCUGCGGGACCCGGCGGGGGGCAAAGACCCGUCCUCCCUCGUCAGAGUGGUGAAGCUGGAGGACGCGAUGGUGGCGAGAGAGAACCCGAUGAUCGGAGAGAUUCAGAACGAUGAGAAAGACACAGUCUCAUUCACUCCCUGGAGGAGCCACUUGGAGGCGCCGCAGCACCACCCAGAGCCAGGCCCUGAAGAAGACUCAGCCUCGUUCACUCCAUGGAGAAGCCAUCUGAACACAGGUGAGCAAACCGCCCCACCUCCAGACCACAUCGGCAUCAGCAACGGAGGAAGAGGAGGAGGAGAUGCAGACAUGGAAAACACAAACUCAGUUUAUGCACGAGUCAGCAAGAAGGUGAGGCCAACCCCUGAGGAGGAGCAGAAGGAGGAAUCGGAAGGGGAGCAGGAAGUGGAACAGGAAGCGCCUUUACCUCCGCUGCCCGACAGGAAGUCAGAGCUGGAGGACUGAAGGACUAAAAAUUCAAGACUAAACAUAACGGAUAUAAUCUGCAGGACGAGGAUCAAACACAUCCACAGAGUUCACAAAACAGAGUAUAAAAAACGGAAUUAUCCAAAUAAAAAAUAUCCAUGCUCCCAAAACCCUGGAGACUACAUUUCCCACGAUGCACCUGCGUCUGGUAAACUAAGAAAAGUAAUGAAAUGUUUUGAAUGAUUUUAAUGUGUGAAAUCACAGCUGAAGUUUUAUAUAGCUUUUAUAUUUCCUGUGUAGUACUUUGUGUUUUGGUGCAGCUGAAUGAUUCAUCUUGAUCUGUUUGUAUAAAUAUAAAAUCCUGCCUGAAUGAAAA